AUGCACCAAGACUCGUUCUACGAGGCGUUCCGGAGGAAGAAACAAUGCCUCUCGGUUACCUAUAAUGGUCUCGACGAUGUCAAGAACGGUUUCGAUGUUGAAGUGUGGAGGGGAGAUGGGUGGCAUAAAAUGCCAUCACAGCAGGAAAAGCUACAAGAGGCGGACGAUAACAUCCCCCAGGAAGAAAAUGAAGAAGACAUACCCAAUGCCAAGGGCGAUGGGGAAUAUAUCGAAUGUUUGAUUGUUUGUUGCAAAUCGAGUGUGACUGAAAAGGCCAUUAAGGGGGUCAGCCACCGCCUGAACUCUAACUCCACCAUCCUUUUGGUACAAAAUGGUCUCGGUGUUAUUGAAAAAUUGAACGAAACCGUGUUCCCAGAUGAGAAAACACGUCCACAUUAUAUGCAGGGUGUGUUUAGCCACGCCCUCACAAGAAGAGACUCUUUCCAAGUCUCUCACAUGAAUGUCGGGUCGCUCAUUCUGUGUCCAACGGUCACCGAUCAGACCCCAUUAAUUGACGCUGAACACGAUACCCACUGGGCCCCUACAACUAAAUACCUACUUCGACUUUUAACCCUCACUCCAUCUCUGGUUGCUGCUGCUGACACACCUGCCGGUCUGCUCCAGUAUCAACUAGAGAGACUCGCUGUGUUCAGUAUUAUCAGCCCUCUCACUGCCUUGUUCAAUUGCAAAAACGGUGAACUUCUUUACAACUUCUCAUGCACUCGCAUUAUACGCUUGCUUCUCUUCGAGAUUUCCAGUGUAAUAUGUGCUCUUCCCGAGUUGCGUGGCGUGCCAGGGAUCGAAGAUCGAUUUUCGCCUGAGCGUCUGCGUCGGCAGCUUACCACCGCUGCUUCACUCAGCGCCAAAGCUGGCAGCGCAAUGCUGCAAGACAUAAAGGAUCAGCGACUCCCGGAUAUCGAUUUUCUGAACGGCUGGAUUAUUAAACGCGGUGAAGAGAUUGGCAUAAAAUGUGUGUUAAAUUACAUGAUCAAGAAUAUGAUCCAUGCCAAACUGGCCAUCAUCCAACGACAAAACACCAGCGCCGUUCCGUUCGACUUCGAUAACACCCUCAUAUCUGGUAAUUCCAAAGGUGACAAGGGAGAAGAUGCUUAG